AAGGUGAUAAGGCUGAGUCAGAUGCUACCGUAUAUAAUGCUCCAGCCCUGCCUUGUGAGCUGAGGAGACCAGCCACCAGAUAUCUACUGCCUCACUGUGUCUACCCAUCUCACUGGGCUGCCUGCCUUCCCACCUCCUCCUGGUGUUCUGAGUCCUGAACUGCUAUGGCUGCUUGGAGCUGCCUGGUGACAGGGGCUGGAGGAUUUCUGGGCCAAAAGAUCAUUAGCUUCUUGGUGGAGGAAAAGGAGCUGCAAGAGAUCAGGGCCCUGGACAAAAACAUUACUCCAGACAUCAGAGAAGCAUUUUCAAAGCUACAGACCAAGGCCAAGGUGACAGUGCUGGAAGGAGAUAUUCUGGAUGCCCAGUGUCUGAGGAGGGCCUGCCAGGGAGUCUCUGUUGUCAUCCAUACUGCUGCUCUGAUUGAUGUCACUGGCGUCAAUCCCAGAGAGACCAUCAUGGACAUCAACUUCAAAGGUACCCAGCUCCUAUUGGAAGCUUGUGUCCAAGCAAGUGUACCAAUCUUCAUCCAUACCAGCUCAGUGGAAGUGGCAGGACCCAACUCCUACAAGGAGAUCAUUCAGAAUGGCCAGGAGGAAGAGCCUCUCGAAUGCAGGUGGACUGAACCAUACCCAUACAGCAAAAAGUUGGCUGAGAAGGCUGUGUUGGCAGCCAAUGGGUGCACUCUUAAAGAUGGCGGCACCUUGCAUACUUGUGCCUUAAGGCCUAUGUACAUCUAUGGGGAAGGAAGCAAACUAAUUUCCCCCAUUGUGAAGAGAGCCCUCACAACCAAUGGUGUACUGGAAAAAACAGGCCCAUUUUCUCUGGUCAACCCAGUCUAUGUGGGCAAUGUGGCCUGGGCCCACAUUCUGGCCUGCAGAGGCCUGAGGGAUCCCAAGAAGGCACCAAGCAUCCAGGGGCAGUUCUACUUCAUAUCAGAUGACACACCUCCCCAAAGCUAUGAUGACUUAAAUGAUACCCUGUGCAAAGAAUGGGGCCUCCGCCGCGACUCCAGGCCCAGCCCUCCUCUCUUCCUGAUGUACUGGCUUGCCUUCCUGCUGGAAGCAGUGAGCUUCCUGCUGAGCCCCAUCUACACAUACCGACCCCCCUUCACCCGACAUUUACUGGUACUCUCAAACAGCGCGUACACCUACUCCUACAAGAAAGCACAGAGGCAUCUUGGGUAUGAGCCCCGCUUCUGCUGGGAGGAAGCCAAGCAGAAAACCACAGAAUGGGUUGGUUCACUUGUGAAGCAGCACAAGGGGACACUGAAGUCAAAAGCUCAGUGAUGUGGGGGUAGCCAUCUUCCCAGCCCCCACUUUAUUAUAUUUUAUGUUUAAAAUUUCAAAUAGUUGUACAGGGGAUUACGGUUUAACAUGUCCAUUUAUAUUUCCAAGGCUUCUCAAUCAGUCACCCUUUCC